GGCCGGCUCCGACGCCGCAGCCGCGGCACCCGCGCGGCCCUCGCCACCUGAGACCAUCGAGAUGGCCUCGUUCAGCUACCGGGUAGCGCCGAGUAGUCCGCUGGUUGGUGGCGGCACCGCGCUCUGUCGCGUGGCGUCGGCACCAGUAGUUGGUAGCUUGACCGAUAGAGGGCAGCAGUGGCGCGAGGUGUCUGACGCGGACAGCGGCGUGUGCGUGGACCGUGACUCGACGGUCGGAUCCAACGGUGUGGUGCUCUGGGAAGAGCUGGACGGCAGCGGCAGCGGCGAGGGCCACCGGUUCUCGCCGUCCGACCUGAGCCAGCCCAGCUGGUGCGACUGCUGCGGCGAUCUGCUCUGGAGCGACGCCGUCGCCUGCCGCUACUGCAGCUACACGUGUCACCAGCGGUGUAGAGAUGUCGUUACCCUGGACUGCCCUUCGGACACGUCCAGCGACCUGGACCUGUCGGAGGUCACUGAUCCCAACCAGGACGAGGAUCUGAUCGAAGUGCAGACUUUAGUGCGAUGCGACAGCGCCGCCGUGGCCGAGGUGCGAGGCACGGACGCCGCCAUCAAGGCCGGCAUGAUCGAGAAGUUCAACGCCACGUCGCAGGGGCUCUACAUGACUCUGUCCGACGACGGCACCUCCUUCCACGGCUUCGUCCGCGUGCACAUGAACCUGUUCCGGCCGAUCAAUAUCGUGGCCGGCACGCGGCCGCCGUCCAUCUACGACGUGCUGCAGCCGGAGCAGACGCUGGAGCGCACGCUGGCCUCGUUCUACCUGCCGCGCGACACCGUCAAAGCUCUGCACAUUGACAACGACACCACUGUGCAUGAAGUCAUAUCGUCACUAUUGAAGAAGUUCAAAAUCGUGGACGACCCCCGGAAGUUCGCCCUGUAUGAACGGUUCACCGAGCAGGGCGAGUCGACCAAAGUCAAGAUGCGCCGCCUGGCCGACUCGGAGCGCCCCCUGGAGCUGGCGCUCACCUGGAGCCACAACGGCGUCGUCAACAAGAAGUUCGUGCUGCAGGAGAACGACACGGGCGACAUCCUGUGGGACAACUUCACGCUCCCGGAGCUGAACAACUUCCUGUUGAUGCUCAACAAGGAGGAGGACGAGUACAAGCGGCGGGUGCGGCAGAAGUACGCCGAGAUGAAGCGACGCAUCGACGAGCAGAUGGAGCAGCUGAAGCGGGGCGUCCCGAAUCACGUGCCCGACAGCACAUAGGUGCCAUCUGCCCCGAUCUAGCUACUGUCGGCGCUGGUGCGCUCGAGGCCGGCCGGUAAGGGCGGAUCUCCAGGCUGGCAGCCGAGCGGGCGGCGCCGGGCCGCCGCGCCCCGGCCCGCGGAGGCCGCGCGCCGAGUACCUCUGUUGUAGCGAUAGGCCUUACCCUGUGCCUGCCCCGUCCGUGCCGCGGCCACCUCUCGCGUAUAAACACGUCUUUCACACGCGUUCGCGUCGGCGCAGCGCCUGUUGUACCUCAUGUCUCGCGGCGGCUGGCCGCGGUGGCGUGGAGGAAGUGUUCCUUCUCCCCAGCGCGGGCUUUGGCCGACCCUGUGCGGGAGGGCGCACCGGCGGCCACCAGGGUCGUCCUUCAGCGCGGGCGCCGCCGUCCUGGCCUCCGCCGCGGCGCGCCCGUCUGUCUGUCUGUUACAUUGUUAACGGCGGGGCGCUGUGUAACGCGCCGGCGCCCCCGGCCGGCCGCUCCUGGCGGCUCAGCUCCGGCUCCGGCUCCAGGGCGACAUAGUGAUACAAUACAUGUGAUUUG